AUGAAGGUCCUCAAGGCCGCCAUCGGUGCCGCAAUGCUACUCCCCUUAGCAGCGGCAGAUUGGCAAUUCAAGUCUCGAACAGACCUUGCCCCGCCACGGCUGAACAUCACUAUCGCAGCAACUGCGGAUGUCGAAAAGGGCUACCUCUUCGUGGCCCCCUUCGCGGGUCAAUGGGCUGAACCUCAAUUCCAUGGCCCGCGUCAGGAAGGCCCGUACAUUUUCCGUGAUGACGGCGAACUAGUCUGGUCUGGAUAUAGCUACUACUCCAUCUGGGCGGCUAACUUCCAAGCUGCCCGGUGGAAAGGCCAGGAUGUGCUGUUCAGCUUUGAAGGUGACCAUAAUCCGGCCUAUGGACAUGGCCAUGGCCAUGCGACUAUUCUGAAUCAGCAUUAUGAGACUGUUCGCGAACUGCGUGCUGGUAAUCAUAAGCUUAUGGAUAAGCAUGAGUUUCAUGUUAUCGAUGAGAAGACGGCUCUGAUUCAGGUUUAUCAGCCUGUCCCCAUCGACCUGACUCAGUGGGGUGGCAGCUCGGAGCAACAGUGGAUUGUGGAUGCCAUCUUCCAGGAAUUGGAUAUUGCUACUGGUGAACUGCUCUUCGAGUGGUCGAGUCUUGAGCAUGUCAGUCCGGACGAGGCCGUCCUCCCUCUACACCCUGGCCAGGCAGGCGCAGGCUACAACUCUUCUGAUGCGUGGGACUACUUCCACAUCAACUCAGUCGACAAAGAUGCCGAUGGCAACUACCUGGUCUCUGCCCGCGAUGCCUGUGCCGUUCACAAGAUCAACGGGACCACCGGCGAGAUCAUCUGGCGCCUAGGUGGUCUACGGUCAGACUUUGACCUGGGCCCCAACGUCCGUUUCUGCUUCCAGCACCACGCGCGGUUCCUCUCUCAAGACGGCGAUGAGGAGAUCAUCUCACUCUUCGACAACUCCGCCCAUGGGACAGAGAACCACCGCGGCCACGAAGUCCACACACACCCGUUCUCGCAGGGUAAGAUCAUCUCAGUCAACACGGCUACCUGGACUGCACGGACCGUUCAGGCGUUCCAGCCACCCGACGGACUCUUGGCCAAGUCGCAAGGUAGCACCCAAAUCUUGCCCAACGGCAAUGCGCUCGUCAAUUGGGGCUCUGAAGGUGCGAUGACCGAAUUCCGACCGGACGGUACCCCCGUAUUCCACGCCUACAUGGACUCGGGGCUCCUUGGCGAAGGCGUCCAGAACUAUCGUGCCUUCCGGUACAACUGGACCGGUCUCCCGACCGAAGAGCCCGCGAUCGUCGCGCAAAAGACAUCUUCGGGUACAACCGUGUAUGUCUCGUGGAACGGGGACACUGAGACAACCGUGUGGCGAUUCUACGCUGUCACCGAUCGGUAUGGAUCACGAUCCUACUUGGGUGAGGCACCACGUCGGGGCUUCGAGACCGAGUUUGUCUUUCGUGGGCAUGAGUAUGCACAAGUCUCCGCGGAAGCUGUCUCAGAUACCGGUCGCAUUUUGAGAAGUACCAAGGCUGUGUCUCUCCAGGAGGAAGUGUCGCCUCUCAUUGGGGGUGAUUAUGGCGGUCGCUUGGCUGCGUCGCGACAGGUUGUGCUGCACGCCUGA